AUGGACUGCUUCAAGGAAGCUAAGUACACGCACAUAUUACCAGAUUCGGACCGUUACCCGAUACCAGCUAUGGACGGGUUCGAACCAAUAGCUACAGGAGAGCACCCAGAACCUAGCAGGGGCAUGUUGGGAGAUACGGACAUUGCUACGAUCAUAGCAGCGCUCAAAGAGGACAAGCCCUCGAGUUUCCGCGCUGGUUACAACACCUAG